GAAAGUUUUUUUCUUGUUUUAAAAAUGAAAACUUUUACUGCUACAGUUUUUGAAAAUCUCCUUACUAACUGAUUUGAAAGUCUUAACUUUUAAUACGACUGUAUAAUUUCUUUCAUUUUGACGUUCUCGUGCAACCGUGUACGCCUAAGUUCCAAAUGUAAACAAACAUUUUGGUGGGUCCGGUGGUGCCUGGUGAGUCCAGAACGCAAAUCAAAGCCGACCGCGGCAGCAGCCAGGACUCGGGUGCGGACACCUUCGUAAGCCAAACAGCAGCAGCAGCGAAACGCCGGCGAAGGAGGGUGGUGCUUUGGUGGUGCUUGUGCGGGACGAGGUCGAGGGUUUGAAAAGGCAAUGUCUGCAGGACCUGCAGCUGUUUCACGACCGGAAUGGGUUAGAAGGAAGCUUGGGUGUUUUGUGAUUGAUUUUGAUUGUUUUUGUAGGAUGGGAGGUAGGAAUGUGGAUACGAACCGGUUGUAUUCGGUGAUGGUGACCCGGGGAUGGUGGUUGAAGGUCGAUUCCCGCGAGGACUGGGACGAGAUCAUCGAGGAGAUGGCGCUGCCGACGCGUUGCGUGAACAAGAAGAUUGCGUUGAAGAAAAAUAACAUCCGAUUUUUGGACAAGUACGAGAAAGGAUCCGACGAAGAGGAGGACGGCAAGAAGCGGCAUAAUCGGAGGUGGUCAGCGCGGAUGUUGCACUCGAUGUCGGCGGUUCACAACACCGCAACUUCCCGCCCACAAACGCUCACAUCGCGACGGCGCAGCUUCAGCUGGGGACAGCGAGCAUGAAAAAUCUGUGUCAUUGUGGAAGGAGGAUGAAGUGCUC